AUGUUUCUCAAAUUUCUUAUUCUUUUAACAAUUCCAAGUCUGGCAUUUUCCCGUAAAAUACAUAUUCAAGUUAGGGAAAAUGUGACCCAAAGUUGUCCAAAUGUUGAUUCUGAUGUAAUUGAUGAGAGUUCCCUGAAAAUCACGAUGAAAAUGCUGAAAAACGAGAAUCCAGAAGAAGAAGACGAUGAGAAAGAUGAGGUUACGAUAACUGAUAUCAAUGGAGAAACUCGUCAAAUCGAUUUCCCAGGAUGCUAUCGAGUCAAAGUCAGCUUCAAAAUGCUCAGACCAAUAGAGAAUCCAUACAUUGAAGCAUUCAUGCAACUUGGUCAAAAUGUCCCAUGUAAAUCCGAAGAUACCAUCCAAAAUCUUCGAGGAGUGGACAGCAUCUGUGCGAAUGUAACGAGACCAACUCAAUGGUGUCCAGAGAGUUACAACUCUCAAUUGAGAGAAAUGCUUGGAGGAAAGACAACUUGCAAAUUCUGUUCUCUCUGUGAGAAUGUGAAGGAGAAUGUGAAGGAUAACGAAAGCAAGUUGAGUAAAUUGAAGAAGUUUUUGAGUAACGAAGGAAAAGAAGAAUGCUCAACUACUGAUAAUAUUCAUAGAUAUACUUUCAAAAUGUGCACCCCAACUCAAGAUGAUUUGAAUAAAGAAGGAACCGAUACGAAGGACAAAGUAGAGGAAUAUUGGCAAUACCUCAAACAGGGAAUCAUGACUACAGUAAUCCACGUGAUGGACCGUAAUCCAAUGAAAUCUGGCCGUGCAGAACAAUGUCAGAAGAUGUGUGAAGUUUACGGUGAUUCGAGCAAGAUGUCGAAUUCGAAUUACAAACAAACCCUGACGAAAUCAAUUGAGAAGCUGUGUGCCCCUGUAGACACUUAUGCAGCCUGUUUGUAUCAUACUGUCAAGUUCGAUGUGAAUUCUGAUUUAUAA